AUGGAUAUGGUGGAGGAGAAGGAGCGCCUGCUUCGAUCGUGCGGGCUCGAGGAUAUGUUUAUGGGGUUGAAGGCGAACGAGAACGAGAUUUGUUUGGCGUUGUAUCCGGAGAUGUGUCGAGCGGUGGAUGGUGUGAGCGAUGCGCGAGGGCGGUUGCGUUUGGUGAUCGAAGCGGCGCUGGCGGGUAAUCUAUUCGACGCCGGCGCGGCGGCGGCGGUGCAAAACGUGGCGUUUUGCGACACCGAGCAGGCGGUGUGCGACUACCCCGAGGACGAGCAGAAACGAUUCAACUUGGACGCCAGCCAACUGUUUGCGACGUUUGCCAAGGCACAGGAGAAGGUGUUACGACCGGAGAGUGGGUGGAAAUUUGAUAGUUUUGAAGAAAUCGACGCGCGCUUGCGAAGCGGCGCGCCGUGGAAGCGCGUGUUGAUUUUCUGCGAUAACGCGGGCGCCGACACCAUGGGCAUGGUUCUCUUGGCGCGUUACCUCGCAUCCUUGAACGCCGACACCCACGUCGCGCUCGUGGCGAACACCACCGCGGCGUUGAACGACAUCACGUUUGACGAAUUGCGCCGGUUCGUGUCCUCGUGCGUCAAAUCCGACGACACCCUGCGCGCGCUCGUCGACGAGGGCCGAGUCCAAUGCUUACCCUCCGGCGCCACUUCCACCCUGCUCGACUUUUCCAGGGUCUCCCAAGAUCUCGCUUCGUACGUCAACGGCGCCAGCGUGCGCGAAAACGAUUGGCUCGUCGUCCUCGACGGCAUGGGUCGUUCGCUCGAAUCCAACUGGAACGCCGCCUCGUACAUGUCACCGGGCGUGGACGUCCUCUCUUUAGCCAUGGUCAAGAGCGAGAUCAACGCUCGGCGUCUCGGUGCUGAGGUAUACGAUUGCGUCGUUCGUCUCAACACCGCCCCGAACGUGUCGUGA